AUGACACACUUCACCGCCCAGCCUUCACAUACUGCCACGACACAAUCGACCGCCCAAACACCUUCGCAUAAUUCAUCAUUGCCGGCGCUACAACCCAAUUUACAAUCUUCAUCAGUCCAACGCCACAAACAACCGUGUCUGAGUCUACUGGGCGGCGCCGCGAUUCUCGUGUCCAACAAGAAGCGCGAUUCGGGUCGGGCCAAGUACCGGCUCAUGCACGUGGUCCGCACGCACAAGGGUGCCGACGAUAAAGCCUACCGUUGCGUUUACGAGCAGAAAUAUCCUCAAGGGAAAGUCGGAAUCAACCUCUCAAAAGACCUAAUGGUGAUCGUCGGCGAAGCCCUCAAAUCCAACAUAACCACAAUCGGCCCGCUCGUUCUCCCGCCGUCGAAGCAGCUCCUCUUCCUGUUCACCCUAAUCGACCGGAAAAUCUUCAAUCCCAAAUGGAAACCCUACAUUCCCGACUUCAAACAGGCCUUCGAACACUUCUGCAUCAACGCCGGCGGCCGCGCCAUCAUCAACGAUCUCCAAAAGAACCUGCAGCUCUCGCCGGAGCACGUAGAGGCCUCCAGGAUGACACUGCACCGGUUCGAAAACACAUCGUCUUCUUCGCUCUGCUGGUUUAAGGCUAUAGAUGUAUGUAUGUAUACAGGGAGGGAGGGAGUUGGAAAAUAUAUUUGA